AUGGCCGCGAACACUACAGUUUUCAUGACACCGGAAGAAUCCGGCCGUGUUCAAACAACAGUCCGGGAUGUCAUACAGAAACGGCGAGAUCAAAGAGGCCAGAGAUGGACACCUCGUGAUCCCAUAUCCUUAAUUCAGGAAGCAACAUCGGCAUCUCUUUUACAGGACCUCUCUUGUGCUGCUUUUGGAUUGGGAGCAGCACCUAAGCAGAGCCAGGACACUAUUAUAGCAUACGGCAUUGGUGUUCCCUACUUGUCAAGUACUGCCAAGCUGCAGGACCUGGUUCCCAUGAACCUGAGCGAUCUCGGCAUGGAAACACAUCACCGAGGGCGUGUGCUUUCUCUCCGUAGGGUUUCUCCUGUGGUUGAGAUGAAAAGCUCCUCCUGGGCAGCUUUUCAAGGAGAUCACCAAAACGAGGUAGAGCGCCUGGAGGUUUUCCUACACACGUCUCAAAAUGGCCAAAAUAUCUUGAAUCUAGGGUUUGAAUUCCUUGUCAAAGAGCCGUACUAUACCAUCAACAACCAUGGCCAACGCACCCUCCGUAUCGACCAUCCUUCGGACCUUGUCAUCUUAACCUACAAUGAUGGCCCCGAGUCAUGGAGGCGCAGAGACCGGAGCGAGGGACUGCAAAGGGAUCAUACUCCUAUGGAGUGCAAAGAGUUGGGGAACACAGCUCUCUACGGCAAAAAUUAUGCAAUGGCGCUUGCGCAUUACACCGAGGGCCUGCGCGUGUUGAUCAUGCAGGAUGAUGACUCGCGCUCCUUCUUGAAACACGAUCUGUAUCGUAACCGCUCACACGUCAAUCUCAUACUUGAACGUUAUGAUGCCACAAUAGCCGAUGCUUUGGAAUCACUCACUCAUAGUGAGGAUGGGUCUCAGAAGGAUCUUGACGCGAAGGCAUACUUCCGCGCCGGUACUGCUGCGUACCGUUUGGGCAAUUUCAGGGAUGCUAAAGACUACUUUAACGAACAGUUGAGGCUUCUUCCUGGUAAUCGACUAGCCAGCGCCUAUCUUGAAAGGAUUGAAGUGCGGGAGCGUGAGAUGAGUGAUGGGGCACAUGACAUGGACAAAGCCUUGCGGAGUCUCUCGAAAACCAAAGGACGGCUAGAUGCUGCUGACUUCGUUAGACGCACGAAGGUUAAAAAUAGCCCUGUGUCUAGAAGAGGCCUAUUCGCAGCAGAGGGCAUUGAACCUAAUGACAUUAUCAUGUGUGAAAAAGCAUUUUGCGUUGUCUGGGGCAAUGAGAAUGAGGCUUUCUCCGCCUUGACGUGCGACGUACGUGACGAUGCAGCUAUUCGAGUCUUCCCUGCAGGUUUGCAUCAAGCAGUGGUGCAAAAGCUCAUGAAGAAUCCAUCUCAAAUAGGGACAGUUUUAGAUCUCUUUGGCGACUACGAGGGCCUUGGCAAGAAACCCUGUGCGAGAGAUGGGGUUCCUGUGAUCGAUACCUUCCAGAUCCACGAUAUUGUCCAGCGUAACGCAUUCGGUGUCGGGCAGCAGUCGGAGGAUGAUGGCUAUCGCAAUGCCAGUACAGGGCUUUGGAUCAGGGCCUCGUAUAUAAAUCACUCGUGCAUAGGGAAUGCAAAGAAGGAGUUGGUGGGCGACUUGAUGGUUAUCCGCGCAACCCGCAGGAUCUUGGCUGGCGAGGAGAUCAUGCAUAGCUACGACACGACGAGUGAUUACGACGCGAGAAUGAGAGCGCUACAUUUGACCUGGGGUUUCCAUUGCAGCUGCAGGUUGUGUGUUGCCGAGGCCCAGGAUAGUCCGGCUGCACGCAAGAAGCGGCUCAUGCUGGAGAAAGAAGCAGAUCUUUUUAUUGAGAGGACCAAGCCAACAGGCGCGGGCAUCAUUGCUGUUAACAGAGCAAAGAGGCUACGCAGAUCUAUUGAGGAGACAUAUAACGAAAAGCAUUACAAGAACCUUCCUCGCAUAGCACUUGUUGGUAUUGAGCAAUGGCUACAAACAGCGGGUUGCAGAUAA